AUGGUUUUGAAGGCGGCGAGGUGGGGUCAAGGGUCGCACCGGCGGCGCCUGAGGUUUUAUCCUUCCGCGGGGAGCGCGCGCUUCGCCGCCCACACGCUCAAGGUCGGGGUCCCUUACGGACUUCACCCCCCGCCCUGGGAAUCCGUGCGUCGCCGGGAGCGGCUCCUGUGCCGUCGUCGACACCGUGUCUCGCUUCAGCUCCGGAUGGACCGUUCGAGACUUAGGGUGCCUGGGGAGGAGAGCCCCAAGAGGAGGGAGAGGCAAGGACAGGAGCCAGGAGAGGUGCUCUCUCAGGCACAGCUGAUGCUUGAGGACGUGGCCGUUGAAUUCUCCGAGGAGGAGUGGGAGCGCCUGGAGCCUGCUCAGCAGGCCCUGUACAGGGAGGUGAUGCUGGAGACCCGCAGGAGCCUGAUCUUUCUGGCUUAUCGCUCUACGUUUCUGCGUGUGAACUCGAUCCUUCACCCUCCACUGAUGCUGCAGCUGAACAGAGGCAACGGCCGAGGUCCUCGUGGUGACCCGCAGCGCCCUGCUGUGUCCUUAUGAGCCCUUGAGCACCAGGACCUUAGGACCCGGCAAUGUUAAAACUCACCGUCCCCUUUAGUCUCUUUCUGUUCUUGGCUUUUCAGGUGUUUGCUUCUCAGUUCAUGUAGGUUAGAGCUGAGGGCUCUGUGUUCCUCACCCCUGGACUUGUUCUCCUCAGUCUCCGUUUGCUGUAUUUGGAAGAACUAAUCAGGAUCUGGGGAGACUGGCUGCCGGCCUGUCUCAUCGGCACCCCAGAUGCUAGGGGAGCUCUCAAGCCUGCCCAUUGUUCAGGCCUGUCAGUCACCACAGCUCUUCUGCUCUUGCUAUGCUUGAGGGAUGCUCCGAGGGAUGCUCGUGACUGUUACUUAGGAAGAGUGUAGUGACAGACAGUGAUCCCCUGUAAUCCACAUUGAGUUAAUUUUUGUAUCUGAGCUAAGGUGGCGGCAUAACUUCAGUCUUACAUAUGGUAUCCAGUUUUCUCAGCACAUUUAGAAAGAGACUCUCCUUCUUCCCUAAUUGAGGCAUCUGGGCAAUCUCUUUAAAUGUCAGUUGACCAGAUACACAAGAAUAUCCGUUCUUGUGUCUGUCCUGCUCCACUGGACCUAUGUCUUAUUUAUGCCUGUUUUGACUAGAUAUGUAAUAAAUUUGAAAUAAGGAAGUGCAAGCCUCCAGCUUUGUUCUUUGUCAAGUUUG